AUGACAAUUAGACUUAGAAUGGAUGUUUAUAAUCAUAAUAUUCCUUCUGGGAAAUCAUAUACUCCAUACUUUAAUACAUUAAUAUCAAUUAUUGUAUUUAGAUAUGAUGAUAAAGAAUCAUUCAAAAAUGUAGUAAAUUGGUAUCAAGAAACACAAAGAUAUUCUAAUUUACAAUCAAAUCAUUAUUUUAUUGUAGGAUGUCAAUAUAAUGAUACUGAACAAAUUAUAAAAGAUCAAGACACUGAAAAUUUAUUGAAUUAUAUUUCUAAACAAAAAGAAAUUCAAUUCUUUAAAGUUACAGGAAGUAAUUGGGAUGAUUUAACUAAUAAAUUCUUUUCUUUUGUUGAUGAUGUUUGUAGAAUUGAAUUUUCUAAAGAAUUCUUGUUUGUUAUUCAUUAUAUUUAA